AUGUGCGAGGCCCGGCAAAUCCCCGUGCCGGCCGAUGCGACCAAGCCUGUGCUCAUUGACCAGCUCCUGGGCGCAAGGCCUAUGCAAUCUUCUGAGCGGAAGGAGCUGGGAAGCCUUGAUCUUGAGCGACUGGACCUGCUCGACCGUGAAAUCCCUGCAGACCGACUCGAGAAGCUGGAGCAGAUCGGGAGCGGCGCCUUCAAAGUGGUCUACAUGGGCCGCUACCACAUAUCGCGCACGAAAGUGACCCCCGUUGCGAUCUCUGAUUUGCGCGACGAGGUCACAGAGAUGGACAUCAAGGAGCUCAAGUUCCUGCGCGACCUGUGCCACGAAAAUAUUGUGCGCUUCAUCGGCAUAAGCAUCCCUCCGCGGCCAUCACCUGUCCCCUGCAUGAUCGUCAGCGAGCUCUGCGAGAAUGGCGACCUAUUCGACUACAUUCGCAACACACCGCCGCCCCCGCAUGCGGCGCUCUUUCGUCUCUUACUCCAAAUCGCACGGGGGCUCGAGUAUCUACACACACGUACCCCCACCAUUGUGCACCGCGAUUGCAAGUCUACCAAUGUUCUCAUCACCGGGGACGGGGUCGCCAAGAUCGCCGACUUUGGACUUGCGCGUGUGAAAACGUCGGCGCGAGCGAGGAUUCGGUCGCUCGUCGGGACCGUCAAUUGGCAGGCGCCCGAGUUGUGGGUACCGAAACCCAACUACAACGAAAAAGUUGAUGUAUGGAGCGCAGCCAUGACUUUCUGGGAGGUGCUACAGUGGCAUCAGCCUGAAAAACGAUAUCCAUUCCAGGGCAUGAAUGAACACCAAAUCUAUCUGCUCGUGGGCCAAAAGAAGCUCCGUCCUUUUGUGGGCGGCAUCCGCCGGCGCUAUGGUGGAGAAAUUGUCGACCUCCUUGACGCCAUGUGGGCGCAAUCCCCGCGCGAUCGUCCGACCAUGAGCCAAGUGUGUGCCCAGCUGGCGGCCUGCAUCGGGGCGCAAGAGCUCGGCUAG